AUGCGCGCCGUCGGCCCCCUUCUCGCUCUCGCGAGCAGUCUUGCCCUGGCAUCCACGUGCGCCGCCCGACCCUACUCGGAAUGGCUCGCCUCCUCCUUCGUUGCGCGUAAUGCCCUCAUCACCAGGCACUAUGACCCGGCCGUCCUGUAUGAAGGCAUCGCCCGCGCCGCCGAUACGGCCGUGUCUUCGCUCCUCUCACGGACACGGGCGUGCUCGACUGCUGGGACCCGGAGUAUUACUCCCUCGACGACAUCCGCAUCGGCAACAACCUCCUCUGGCUCUACCAGCGCACCAACGACACCAAGUACAGGGUCGCCGUCGACGCCCUGCGGCGGGUUCUGGCACCGCGCGCCCAUCUACGAGGACCAUAUGUGGCUCGACGGCAUCUACAUGGCCGACGCCUUCUACGCGGCCUACGUCUCGCUGUUCGAGCCGCAAAACGCCACGGCAUGGGACGAGAUCGCGCUGCAGUUCGACCUGGUCGAGGAGCUCCCUGCCUACCGGCGCCUACUGGGCUACUUUGCCACGCUGGCGGACGGCCUGGAGAGGAGCCAGGACGACGGGGGCGGCUGGUGGCUGAUCAUGGACGAGGGGUACGAGGCGCGCCGGGGCAACUACAUCGAGUCGAGCGCCGCGGCCAUGUACAAGGGCGUCGGGUUCAAGGCGUACGAUUUGCUGACCAGCGACUUCAUCCGGGAUGACGAGGACGGGUACAUCAGGUUCCUGGGCACCGUUCAAGUGGGGAGCUUGAAUUCAAACGCUAGCUUCGAGUACUAUACCAGCAUCCCGGUGGUCGACAAUGACGCCCGUGGCGGAGGUGCGUUCUUGUUCGUGGCGAUCGAGGCGGAGCAGGCGUAG